AUGAGACAUGAGGAAGUUUCCUGGGGUGAUGUAUCACUAGCAGAUGCAGAAAAAAGGCUUUUAGCCAAUGCUCUCCUAGACUUCUCAAAUGAGCGUUUUGUGCUCCUCUCUGAAAGUUGUAUCCCAGUUUACGAUUUUCAAACAGUUUACAAAUAUCUCACUAAAUCUGCACACAGUUUUGUGGAGUCAUAUGAUGAUACAAGCCGUUUUGGUAGGGGCCGCUAUGAUCGACAUAUGAGACCCAACAUCACAGUUGAACAAUGGAGAAAAGGGGCUCAGUGGUUCGAGAUUAGACGAGAUUUGGGUAUUGAAAUAAUAUCAGAUUACAAGUACUAUGAUCUGUUUAGGAAAUACUGCCAUCCACCUUGCUUUCCUGAUGAACAUUACGUUGCUACAUACCUCAACAUAUUCCAUGCUCCGCUUAACUCUAAUCGUACCUUGACUUGGGUAGAUUGGUCUUUGGGAGGACCACAUCCCACAACCUUUGUAAGAGAGAAUAUUACAGAAGGUUUUAUACGGAAUAUCAGAAAUUAUAAGAAAAAAUGUUUGUAUAAUUCUAAAAGCACAACUGUCUGUUACCUUUUUGCUCGCAAGUUUGCUCCAAGUACACUGGAGCCCUUGCUCAAUUUAAGUUCAAAGCUAAUGGGAUUUUGA